UCUGGGGUAGCUUCCGGUUGUCGCCACCUCCUUUGUGUCUCCGGCCUGACUUAUCUUUCACGUCUACUUUCACUUUUUUAUUUAAUUUUAUCCUCGGGGUUAUAUUUGCACAUAUACCCGCAUUUUCCUGCUAUUGAAUGACAGUCGACUCGGAAAUAUUUAUGCCUAAAAAUAAAACGCCGAAAAUGGAUGACUUGGACUACAUCCCGGUAGACCUGAGCCCGGAGGAGCGCUCCGAGCUGGAGGACAUCCGCCGGAGGAAGGGGGUCCUGAUGCAGGAGAUCCACAGGCUCCGGGAGGAGCUCAGGGAGGCCAUUAUGGAGGUGGAGGGCCUGGAGGCCAGCACAGAGGGCAGUAAAACUCUUCUGAAAAGCCGGCACGUGGCGAUGGGAAGGAAGAAGUUUAACAUGGACCCCAAAAAGGGCAUCGUGUUUCUGGUGGACAACGAGCUGCUGCGACACACGGCGGAGGACAUCGCUCAGUUCCUCUACAAAGGAGAGGGCCUCAACAAGACGGCCAUAGGAGACUACCUGGGAGAAAGGGACGACUUCAACAUCAAAGUUCUCCAGGCUUUCGUAGACCUGCACGAGUUCACCGACCUCAACCUGGUCCAGGCCCUCAGACAAUUUCUGUGGAGCUUUCGAUUGCCUGGUGAGGCCCAGAAGAUCGAUAGGAUGAUGGAGGCCUUUGCUCAGAGAUACUGUCGCUGCAACCCUGGCGUCUUCCAGAGCACUGACACGUGUUACGUGCUGUCGUUCGCCAUCAUCAUGCUCAACACCAGCCUGCACAACCCCAACGUGAGGGACAAGCCUGCAGUGGACCGCUUCAUCUCCAUGAACAGAGGCAUCAACGAGGGCGGGGACCUGCCUGAGGACCUCCUGCGGAACCUGUACGACAGCAUCAAAAACGAGCCUUUCAAGAUCCCGGAGGACGACGGCAACGACCUCACGCACACAUUCUUCAACCCCGACAGAGAGGGCUGGCUGCUCAAACUGGGGGGACGAGUGAAGACCUGGAAAAGGCGAUGGUUCAUCCUCACAGACAACUGCCUCUACUACUUUGAAUACACAACAGACAAGGAACCUCGAGGCAUCAUUCCUUUGGAGAACCUCAGCAUCCGAGAGGUGGAAGACCCACGCAAACCUAACUGUUUCGAGUUGUACAUCCCCAACAACCGUGGUCAGCUGAUCAAGGCGUGCAAGACGGAGGCUGAUGGGCGGGUGGUAGAAGGGAACCACAUGGUGUAUCGCAUCUCUGCCCCCACGCCUGAGGAGAAGGAGGAGUGGAUCCACAGUAUCAAAUCGGCCGUCAGUGUGGAUCCCUUCUAUGAAAUGUUGGCAGCCAGGAAGAAACGCAUCUCACUGAAGAAGAAGGAAGAGCAGCCAUAGAUGGCCUCCCUCCUCCCUCCUCAUCCUCCUCAUCCCCUCACCCUCCUCAUCCUCAUCCUCCUCCAUCCUUGUGGGACCACCUGGUCCUGAUUGGACCUCAGAUGAAGAAGAAGAAGAAGGCAGCUGCUCCUAACUUGUAAAUAUAUUUAUUCUCUGCUUUCAUGCCACUGCAUGUCAUGUUCAUGCAGCCCUUUGAAGGCGGGGCCUAGAAGACUGAAGGCGGGGCCUGGAAGAUUAAGAUGACAUUUGGAGGCGGGGCCUAGAAGAUUGCUUUUAGAUUUGGAGGCGUGGCUCAAAACACUGACUUUAGAUUUGAAGGCGUGGCCCAGAAGAUUGACUUUAAAUUUGAAGGCGGGGCCUAGAAGAUUGAGACAAGAUUUGUAGGCGUAGCUCAAAAGAUUGACUUUAGAUUUGAAGGCGGGGCUUAGAAAAGUGAAGGCGGGGCCUAGAAGAUUGAGACAAGAUUUGUAGGCGUAGCUCAAAAGAUUGACUUUAGAUUUGAAGGCGGGGCUUAGAAAAGUGAAGGCGUGGCCUAGAACAUUGAGACAAGAUUUGUAGGCGUAGCUCAAAAGAUUGACUUAAUAUUUGAAGGCGGGGCCUAGAAAAGUGAAGGUGUGGCCUAAAAGAUUGAAAAAGAUUAAUUUUAGAUUUGAAGGCGGGGCUUAGAAGAUUGAGACAAGAUUUGUAGGCGUGGCCAAGAAGAUUGACUUUAAAUUUGAAGGCGGGGCCUAGAAGAUUGAGACAAGAUUUGUAGGCGUAGCUCAAAAGAUUGACUUUAGAUUUGAAGGCGGGGCUUAGAAAAGUGAAGGCGUGGCCUAGAACAUUGAGACAAGAUUUGUAGGCGUAGCUCAAAAGAUUGACUUUAGAUUUGAAGGCGGGGCCUAGAAAAGUGAAGAUGUGGCCUAAAAGAUUGAGACAAGCUUUGUAGGCGUGGCUCAAAAAGAUUAAUUUUAGAUUUGAAGGCGGGGCUUAGAAGAUUGAGACAAGAUUUGUAGGCGUAACUCAAAAGAUUGACUUUAGAUUUGAAGGCGGGGCUUAGAAAAGUGAAGGCGUGGCCUAGAACAUUGAGACAAGAUUUGUAGGCGUAGCUCAAAAGAUUGACUUAAUAUUUGAAGGCGGGGCCUAGAAAAGUGAAGGUGUGGCCUAAAAGAUUGAGACAAGAUUUGUAGGCGUGGCUCAAAAAGAUUAAUUUUAGAUUUGAAGGCGGGGCUUAGAAGAUUGAGACAAGAUUUGUAGGCGUGGCUCAAAAAGAUUAAUUUUAGAUUUGAAGGCGGGGCUUAGAAGAUUGAGACAAGAUUUGUAGGCGUGGCCCAGAAGAUUGACUUUAAAUUUGAAGGCAGGGCCUAGAAGAUUGAGACAAGAUUUGUAGGCGUAGCUCAAAAGAUUGACUUUAGAUUUGAAGGCGGGGCUUAGAAAAGUGAAGGCGUGGCCUAGAACAUUGAGACAAGAUUUGUAGGCGUCGCUCAAAAGAUUGACUUUAGAUUUGAAGGCGGGGCCUAGAAAAGUGAAGGUGUUGCCUAAAAGAUUGAGACAAGCUUUGUAGGCGUGGCUCAAAAAGAUUAAUUUUAGAUUUGAAGGCGGGGCUUAGAAGAUUGAGACAAGAUUUGUAGGCGUGGCUCAAAAGAUUGACUUUAGAUUUGAAGGCGGGGCCUAGAAGAUUGAGACAAGAUUUGUAGGCGUAGCUCAAAAGAUUGACUUUAGAUUUGAAGGCGGGGCUUAGAAAAGUGAAGGCGUGGUCUAAAAUAUUGAGACAAGAUUUGUAGGCGUAGCUCAAAAGAUUGACUUAAUAUUUGAAGGCGGGGCCUAGAAAAGUGAAGGUGUGGCCUAAAAGAUUGAGACAAGCUUUGUAGGCGUGGCUCAAAAAGAUUAAUUUUAGAUUUGAAGGCGGGGCUUAGAAGAUUGAGACAAGAUUUGUAGGCGUGGCUCAAAAGAUUCCCUUUAGAUUUGAAGGCGGGGCCUAGAAGAGUGAAGGCGUGGCCUAGAGGAUUGAGACGAGAUUUGUAGGCGUGGCUCAAAAGAUUGAUUUUAGAUUUGAAGGCGUGGCCUAGAAGAUUGACUUUAAAUUUGAAGGCGGGGCCUAGAAGAGUGAAGGCGUGGCCUAGAAGAUUGAGAUGAGAUUUGUAGGCGUGGCUCAAAAAGAUUGACUUUAGAUUUGAAGGCGGGGCCUAGAAAAGUGAAGGCGUGGCCUAGAAGAUUGAGAUGAGAUUUGUAGGCAUGGCUCAAAAAGAUGAACUUUAGAUUUGAAGGUGGGGCCUAGAAGAUUGAGACGAGAUUUGUAGGCGUGGCUCAAAAGAUUGACUUUAGAUUUGAAGGCGUGGCCUAGAAGAUUUACUUUAAAUUUGAAGGCGGGGCCUAGAAGAGUGAAGGCGUGGCCUAGAAGAUUGAGAUGAGAUUUGUAGGCAUGGCUCAAAAAGAUGAACUUUAGAUUUGAAGGCGGGGCCUAGAAGAGUGAAGGCGCGGCCUAGAAGAUUGAGACGAGAUUUGUAGGCGUGGCUCAAAAUAUUGACUUUAGAUUUGAAGGCGGGGCCUGUGGCCCAGAAGUUGACUAAAUAUUUGAAGGUGUGGCCUAGGACAGUGAAGGCGGGGCCUAGAAGAGUGAAGGCAUGGCCUAGUAGAUUGAGAUGAGAUUUGUAGGCGUGGCUCAAAAGAUUAACUUUUGAUUUGAAGGCGUGGCCUACAAGAUUGAGACAAGAUUUGAAGGUGGGGCCCAGAAGAUUGACUAUAGAUUUGAAGGCGUGUCCUCAAAGAGUGAUGGCGUGGCCUAGAAGAUUGAGACUUGAUUUGAAGGUGUGGCCUGGAAGAGUGAAGGCGUGGCCUAAAAGAUUGAGACAUGAUUUGAAGGCGUGGCCUAGAAGAGUGAAGGCGUGGCCCAGAAGAUUGAGAGUGAUUUGUAGGUGAGGCCUUGAAUAGUGAAGGCGUGGCCUAAAAGAUUGAGAUGCGAUUUGGAGGCAUGGCCUUGCAGAGUGAAGGCGGGGCCUAAAAGAUUGAGAUGCGAUUUGAAGGCAUGGCCUAGAAGAGUGAAGGCGGGGCCUAAAAGAUUGAGACAAGAUUUGUAGGCGUGGCCCAGUAGAGACUUUAGAUUUGAUGGCAGAAAAUUAAGAUACAAUUUGAAGGCGGGGCCCAGAAGAGUGAAGUCAGAGCCUACAAGAUUGAGACACGAUUUGAAGGCGUGGCCUAACAGAUUGAGACGUGAUUUGAAGGCAUGGCCUUGCAGAGUGAAGGCGGGGCCUAAAAGAUUGAGACACGAUAUGUAGGCGGGGCCCAGUAGAUUGACUUUAGAUUUGAUGGCAGAAAAUUAAGUUUAAAUUUGAAGGCGGGCCUAUAAAAUUGAAGGCGGGCCCUAGAAGCUAGUAGGUGUAGUAAGCACAAGCAUGGAUGAUUUUAAUCUGCUGACUGUGCACAUUUACAAUAAAUUGAUUAGAUUCCAGAUCAGCAGAUUAGUGUUAAGAUGCAUUUUAUUUUGUAAGUGAUGCAUUUUAUUUUGUAAGUGAAACUACAAGAAUUGUUUACCGCACUUUAUGGUUGAGUCUUUAGCGCCCUCCGGUGGUGUGUCAGCUAGGGAAGAUGAAUGAUGAUGAUGAUGACAUUUUGUCUCCUCCGUCCUGCUCCUUCUUCUUGUCUUCUGGAACAUUCUUGAAGUGCACAGCUGCCAAAAAGUAAGACAAACAAAUGUUACAAAGUGUUUUUUUCUUUGUAUUUAUUGACUGUGAGAUGAACAAUUGUGUCCAUGUAGCAAAAACACAUCAUGUGUGACAAUAAAGACAAGAACAUUC